CUCUGAACCUGGUCCACUCUAGAACUUCGAAGACUAUAUCAUGUUUUGGUACGGUAUCCGAUCCAGAAGGAUGCGGAGACUCUCACAUCGCACGGUAGUGGUCAUAUUCAUAUGUGCCACUGUGACAUGGUUCUGGUUAACUUCAGCACCAGUCGUGAGACCGAAGAGCGCCGCCUGGACCGUCGCAGCAGAGAUACUACAUAUACUUGAUGCUGUUGUGGACGGAUAUGUACACCCUGCUAUGAAUUCAUCCGUGCAAGGAGAAGAGAGUUUUUCGGCCCGCCUCCUCGAGCAAGACGUAGCUGCUCAACAACUCCUACGAUGUUUCUCCGACCUCUCUCAAUUUGAUUCAUGCUCCUUGUCGCAUAGUGCUAUUGACGCGACUUCCGCAUCGCCUGUCAUGCCAUUUAUUGUACCCACCUCUCAGAUCCACAAUGUGUCUGAUUCUCGCAUCAAGCCCAUCUCGUGUCUGUGCUCUUCUCUCGCAGGAAAGAAGCUGACAAUGGUAGGCGGCGAUCAUGUGUACCGCUUCCACAACCUCCUCCUUGAACAUCAGAGGAGACUCGAAGGGAAACGCUUUCCAUGCCUCGGGAAGGAGUUUUGUACCCACCAUCAUAUGUGCUCACGGGCCACCCGCAACAAUCCCGUCCUUAAAGAGGAGCUUAGACGCUAUAUCCGUUCGCCAUCCAUCGAAGAGCUUGUGAAAACUGGUUCAUCAUUGGUCAAUUACAUUCUGUCGGAUACUCUUCUUACCUUGCCCGACCCAGAGGCGCCAGAGUAUUCCGUACCGUAUAUCCACGCCUUCAGUGGCGUAAGGUCUCGCGAAACGUAUUGGCUAGCUUCAGCGAGGAAAGCAGACAUUCUUAUACUGGGAAGGGGACCGUUCAGUGCGCCGCCCUCGACGUACACAGGGAACUGGUCGUUCCUUUCUGGUUUUCCAUCUUACACAAGGAGCUAUCAUGUGAAUAUCCCUUCGUUUGCAUCACCGACACCAAAACCCCUUCAGAUCGUGGAUGCUGCAGUGCAUGCUACUCUUUCAGUCUUUCUCCCUGAAAUCCAGCACACCCUAGACGCACUCUGCGCCAACGGAUGUCUUAACAGAAGCAAGAAAGUUAUUUGGUUGGUCAACCAGCCGCGACUUCCUGGGAAGGGCCACGGUCAGACAAACGCUCUUCUUCGCACAUAUUUGCUUCCCAGUGGACAGGGCGAGCCACCUCUCGGCGACCCGAAAGCAGUCCUCCUUCGCCACCUUGCAGUGUUAUCGACUGAUGAGCGUUCAAAAGAUUCAUGGACACUUUACUACAACGUUCAAGGUAUGUCGUUCAGUCGACUGAAGGUGGUAUCGUCCGAGUCGUCUGCAGUACUAAUUCAUGAACUCAUCUCUCGCAAAUUGACAUGUACAGUCUACUUGCAAGACCGUCUUCUUCGUCAAGUUCUGCCACGCUUCGGAGUUCCCCUCUUGCAGUUAGGAACACGCCUUGUCGAAGCUGGCCCUGGUGUUGCCGGCCCUCAGCAGGCUCACACAUAACGGGCGCGACUAGCUACCUCUUUGUUAAGGAUCACGAAAAGCGACGACAAAAGUAGUAUACUUCUAGGUCCCCCUGUUUGUUACAACCCCUCUGAAUAAUCAUGGAAGUUUUUCUUGCAUUCAC